UUUGAGAGAGUAACAAUGUACCUACAUUGCACGCACACACUACUGCACAAAUAUUUACGGCAAAAGCAUUCAGCCACAGCAGCAGCCAUAGCAGUAGCAGCUGCAGCAUUACCAACCAAGCUUAUCUCUCUCUCAGCAAAGCCAAUGGGAGAGGAGGAGAAGAAACCAGAGGAGAAAAAACCAGAGGAACAACCCAACAAGGGAGAAGAGAAGAAGGAGGAAAAACCGGCGGAGGAGAAGAAACCGGAGGAACCAAGCAAGGAUCAAGCUCCACCGCCAGAAAUUGUGCUGAGAGUGUUCAUGCAUUGCGAGGGUUGUGCCCGGAAGGUUCGCCGCUCUCUCAAGGGAUUCCCAGGGGUUGAAGAUGUGAUCACUGAUUGCAAGUCUCACAAGGUGGUUGUGAAAGGAGAGAAAGCGGAUCCGGUGAAGGUUCUGGAGAGAGUGCAGAGGAAGAGCCACAGACAGGUUGAGCUUCUCUCUCCGAUCCCAAAGCCACCGGCAGAGGAGGAGAAAAAGCCAGAGGAGCCUGAAAAGCCUAAGCCAGAGGAGAAGAAAGAAGAGCCUCAGAUCACAAUAGCAGUUCUGAAAGUUCACAUGCAUUGUGAAGCUUGUUCACAGGAAAUCAAGAGACGCAUAGAGAGAAUCAAAGGAGUGGAAUCAGCUGAGCCAGAUCUUAAGAACUCACUGGUGAGUGUGAAGGGAGUGUUUGAGACAGAGAAGCUAGUGGAGUAUGUGUACAAGAGGACUGGGAAGCAGGCAGUGAUAGUGAAGAGUGAGCCAGAGAAGAAGGAGGAAGCAAAAGAGGCCAAAGAGGAGAAGAAAGGUGAUGAGGAAAAGAAGGGUGAUGAUGCUGCUGGUGGUGGGGGUGCAGAAGAGAACAAAGAGAAGAAAGAAGGGGAAGGAGAGGCCAAAACAGGAGAAGGGGAAACUACUACAGAAGAAACAAAAGUGGUGGAGAUGAAGAAGAGUGAGUACUAUUUCAACCCACCAAGGUAUGGAAUGGAGUUCUAUGCAGGAGGAGGAGGAUAUCCUGGGCCAGCAUACCCACCCCCACCCCAGAUCUUCAGUGAUGAGAACCCCAAUGCCUGCUCUGUCAUGUAAAAAUUCAGGAAUGUCAGGGGUAAUAUUGGAAUUUGGGAGGACUGUCAAAUUUGAGUGAUUUCCAUAUCCUGGGUUUCAUGAUGAUGGGCAGUCACUCACUCUGUACUUUCUUUUCCUGCAGUAUAAAAAAAGUAUAAAUCUACAGAUAAGCUGUAGAGUUUUGUAAUGCUUGUACUUUUUUAAGAAAAACAAAAAUUAAUUGUCAUAUAUGAACAUGUAUAAUAUAAGUAAUUACAGUUUUGUUUAAA